AUGGGUGGGAUACUUCUCCUUUUAGGCUUAUGCCUAGUUAUGGCUCUGGCCUCGUUCCUCGCCGGAGCGCUACCAUUAUCCAUGUCACUUUCUCAAUCUCAACUCCGACUAUUAUCGAGUGUUGGCGUAGGAAUAUUAGUUGGCACCUCACUUAUAGUUAUUAUUCCUGAAGGAAUCGAAGCUGCGACUUCACCCGCAGAGGCUGCUCACAUGCAUCGAGUCAGAAGCUUGGUGCGCCGAAGCCCCUGGAACCACCCUAUUCUCGCACGCGGCCUUCCCGAAUCAAUUGCUACGAUUAGCACAGGUCCGAUUCAGAAACGCGACGAGGAAUUGGAUAUUGAAGCGACCAUUCGUCGGGCCAAGCAGUCAGCGACAGGAAAUACCCGAGUCGAACGUGCAGAUGUUCAUUCUACUGUCGAAGCCGCAGCCGAUGUUCCAGCUAUACCAACGGCCGCAGACGUCACAGAGGACAGCGCUUCAGAGAAUAAAGGGACCGAAAAGACAGAGACCGAAAAAGACGACGGACAUGGUCACGACGAAGAUCAUGAAGCGGAACACGACCACGAACAUGAAGGCGAGCACGAGAGCGAGCACGCGCAUGCGGUUCCUACAUUUGAGAUCGGAUUCUCCCUGAUUCUAGGAUUCCUACUGAUGUUUCUGAUUGAUCGACUACCUCGCCAUGCAACUGAGAGUCUCCAUUCUGCGCCACAGACACGCCAUAUCAGCCUUGACAACCUCAACGGCGAUUCCGCCUCAGUCGACGAGGAAGCGGAUGGGUUUUUGGGGUCCUUGACACCUAGUCCACGACGAGCGCGAAGUUUGGCAACGACUACCGGCUUGGUCAUCCAUGCCGCAGCCGACGGAAUCGCAAUGGGAGCUUCCUCGACGACUACAGACAUGAAGCUUGGCUUCAUCAUCUUUGCAGCCAUCAUGAUUCACAAAGCUCCUGCUGCUUUUGGACUUACCUCCCUUCUCCUCAAGCAGGGCCUAUCGAAACGAGCCGCUCGAGGACAUCUUAUUGUUUUUAGUCUGGCUGCUCCCGUUGGGGCGAUAACAACAUGGUCACUUAUCACACUGCUGGGUGGUGGUAAGGUUGAGAGUGAUCAUUGGUGGACGGGCAUGCUGCUUCUCUUUUCAGGUGGCACGUUCUUAUAUGUCGCUAUGCAUGCUAUGCAAGAAGACAGUGGUGGUCACCAACACGAUCAUGGCCUUAACGGCUAUGCGGAUGGCAGUGCCACUACUCAGAGGAAGCCUAAGGGCCCGCAGAUGCGUGAUACCUUGGCCACUGUGGGCGGCAUGCUGGUGCCGCUUCUUACUCAGUUUGGCCAUCACCAUUAA